AUGGACGAUGGACGCCCCCAGACUUUGGAGGCGCUGGAACAAUUUAUACAAGGUCAGAAGACCGCGCUCGAGAAAACUCUGGGAGACAUAGACCGCCUCCGAGGGCUGCGGGACCAAGUUGCGGCCGAGUCUUCGGUGGAUCCACGGGCUGUUGAAGCGAAGCUCCGCCACCCAUCCUUCAAGCUGAGCGAGCAGCUCGACGCGAUGCCCCCACUCCCCGCCAACAUCGACUGGUCGCUGUUCCGAGGCGCAGACCCUGCGCCUUUCAAAGCGAUGGCCGCGGCCGCGCGCGAUGCGUACGCCGCCCGCAACACACCCCCGCAGACGCAAGCAAUCCAACCGUCCCCGCUCCGCCAGUGGGUCGCCGAGCAGUGCGCGUCCAUCGCCGGCCCCCUCAUCACGUCCUUCCGCCUCCCGGACGACCUCGCGAUGCUCUCGUCCGACGACGACGAGCCGCCCGACCCGGAGGAGCUGCGCCGCGCGCGCGAGCGGGAGAAGAUCCGCGAGCUCAAGAAGCGGCGCAUCGUGGGCGACGGCGGCCAGUCGCACUUUGGCGGGCUCGGGCUGCGGCGGCCGGUCUCGGCGGUCUUCAUCCGGCGGGACGUGGAGGACGAGAGCGCGGAGGUGGACAUCUGGAUGAGCGAGGGGGAGGAGGAGGACGGGGCGCCGUCCGCGCUGGGCGGCGGCUCCAGCGCCGAGCCCGUGUUGAUGGCGGUCGACACACCCCCGACAAGCGUGAGCUCGCCCUUGUCCGCCCCCUUGCAACUCCCCGACACGGCUGUCCGUGAACGGCGGCCCACGCGGAAGGCGCGAGAGGCUCAGGAAGCGUCGACCUCGGCCGCCAGUUCUUCAAAGGGUUCGAUCAAGGUCAAGCCUAGAGUCAAGCUCAUGUUGGGGCCGCCACCGCCACCACCACCACCACCACCGGAUCAGCCCAGCUCUCCGACUGAGCCUGCGCUCGACAGGAAGGGGAAGGCCCGAUCAGACACAUACAAGCAGGCGUGGUCGGUUUCGGAGCAGCACUUGCUUGAGCGUUUGCUGGAGGAAAUUCCGGACGGAGAAAAGAACCGAUGGGCCAAGAUCUCGAAGGCGAUGAACGGCAGGCGGACAGCACGUCAGGUUGCGAGUCGCGUGCAAAAGUACUACGAGAAGCUGAAGCGGUUCGGGAUUGAGAUGGGGGGGAGCAAGUAG